CUCUCUCCUCUUUCCUCUCUCUGUCUCUCUCUCUCUCUCUCUCUCUCUCUCUCUCUCUCUCUCUCUCUCUCUCUCUCUCUCUCUCUCUCUCUCUCUCUUUUUUUUUCCUCUCUCUCCCUCCCUUUAAAAUUUGAAUAGAUGGGUCCUUUUUUCCCCUUUUGAAACCUCUUAUAAAUAUUUUUGUUCUGUAAAUUUGUAAUCUAGCUAGAUCUAUUCAAAUUUUGAAACCCUAAAUUGAAAUUUGGGAUUUUUCACCAUGUUCUCCAUUUCUGUGUAUUCAAUUUGGUUCCUAGCAAAUUCAAAAUGUCGGAAUUGUACCAACAUUCAGAUCGCUGGAUUUCCAUUUUGUGGUGAUUAAUUUCAUCAAGUUCCAAUUUUUAAUCAGAAAUGUUAUCAUGGAUGAUGAUGUGCUGAAUAUGCCGAAUUGGGGUUACUAUGAACCGUUCAAAGCGGGGAAUCUCGGUCUAAACCUCAUGCCUGGUAUGAAUGAUCGUGAAACGAAACCAUUUUUUCCUCCUGGUCGUGAUCCAGCUAUGUUAGUUGGUGCAAAUGGAACUUUUCACCCUCGAGAUGAUGUUGCUGCUGUUGAGUCUUCGAAUCCAUUGAACUAUGGAAGAGAUAAUUGGAUCAACCAGAGACCUAGGUUUUAUAAUAUGCAGGUCAACAAUCCAAAUUAUGCUGUUCCUCCUGAAACAUCGCAAGGACCCUCCUUUCCGUUUAUUCCAUCCGCUGUUACUGAUCCACCAAGAAAUGAGAAUGUGGAUGAAAUUGAAGAAUUAGCUGUUAAGAAGGAAGGUGGCAAGGCGAAGAAAAGGAAAUCUAAGGCUGCUCCUACUACUCCAAAAGCUAAGAAACCCAGGAAGCAGAAGGAUAAUAGCAAUGUUUCAGGUCAAGGUGUGAAACCACCGAAGAAGACUGUGGCACUUGAAAUCAAUGGAAUUGAAAUGGACAUUUCUGGUCUACCUGUUCCAGUUUGUUCCUGCACCGGGAAUCCUCAGCAGUGUUAUCGAUGGGGCUGUGGAGGUUGGCAAUCUGCUUGUUGUACCACAAAUGUGUCAAUUUAUCCUUUGCCGAUGAGCGUCAAAAGGCGUGGUGCAAGGAUAGCUGGGAGGAAAAUGAGCCAAGGAGCAUUUAAAAAGGUUUUGGAAAAGCUUGCGGCUCAAGGUUACAAUUUUGCUAACGCUAUUGAUCUGAAGACUCACUGGGCUAGACAUGGCACCAACAAGUUUGUCACUAUCAGAUAGAUAGAUAGAUGCUGCUGUUGCUGAGUUCAAGAGUGAGCAUGUUUUACCUGUACACACAACAUCUGUGUGGUUUUUCAUUGAGAUGUUGAAUUAUGGUCAUCCAUAAAGUUUCUGUUGUGGUGCGUCUACCUAAGCUUUGGAUAUUCUAGUUCUUUUUUCCAUCUUCGGCUUAUUUGACAAUGACCACAGUCCAUGUUUUAUGGGGUUAAACAUUUAUUUAGAUGAUUUAUUACUAGAUAGACUAUUAUCGGAUUAUACUCAUUCACAUUUAAUUUUAAAUCGUCGAUAUUUUGCAUUGACGAGAUUGUUAUUUCAACUGUGUUGUACUUUAUAUUAAUGACGAGUCAUUUUUCAUCAUUCAUUUGGCUUAAUGGUUCGUCAAUUAUGUGCCAACUUUGUUUAUAUGAAUGAUUUAACCAUUUUUCUAUA